AUGGAAAUCCGCAAACGCCAAGCUUUGGUUAUCGAGGACUCAUUGGUCGUACGAAAAAGCCUGGCACAAGCGUUCGAGCGGCUUGGCUUCGUGGUGACGCAAGCGGUAGACGGUCUGGAAGGAUUGAAUGCGCUUAAAGAAACUAUAUUCGAUGUGACUCUUUGCGAUUUUUUGAUGCCGGUUAUGGACGGCAUGGACUGCGUUAAGCAAUAUCGAGACUGGGAGCGUGAGAACAGACCCUGGUUUCGUCAGCUUAUCAUUGGUAUUUCAGCACAUGCCAAUGCCAACGACAGUGGGCAGGGAAUAAAAGUCGGAAUGGACCAAUUCUGGCCCAAACCGGUCAGUAUCAAGAAACUUAUG